AUGUGUUCUAUUGAAUUGGAUGGUUGUAAUUAUAUGAACACUUUGGGUAACACAAUAAGUAUGAAAUUAAAAAGUUGUAAUACUAACAAUGUUAAUUAUUUGGAUAAAAUGAUUGAAGAUGAUAAGAAUUGUGACAUUGAUAUAGAAAAUAUAAAAUACGAUAAUGAAGCAAUGAAUUGUGAAAAUAAAGAACACCCCACUACGUUUGAAAAAGAUAAUGAACAAACACAUAAUUGUUUAAUGGAUUGUGAAAUUUCAAACUGUUUUAUUAAUAAAAACAGUUGUGAUGUUGUUUUAUUUGAAUAUAGAGAAACAGAAAGUGUAAACACAACUCCAAUAAAAAUUGAAGAUGCAUUUAAAGAGAAUGCAAACCAGACUCAAGAAUGUGAAUUAAAAGAAAGUUCUAUUACAACGUGCACUUCAAUUAUAACUAAUCAAAAUAACAAUGAAACUAUAAAGUCGGUUAAAUCCAAGUCGUUGGAAUUGUACGAAAAAAUAUCCAAAGAAACUCACAGACUUUUAACAGAAAAUGUGUGUACUUUGGAAAUAGUCAAAAGUUUGGUUGAUAAAUUUGUACCUCCAAACCCAAUUACAAGUAAAGAAACUUCUGCUGCUCUUUCUGUUCGAAGCAAAAUAUUUACUUUAAUGGUUGGUACAAUAGAAAAUGCAGUUGGGAUGUCUCAAAAACAGACUGUUGCUGUAGCUGAAAUUGUUGAUGUAUUUAUUUCACUUUUUCUAGAUGAAAAAAAUCAAAACAUACUUUUUCCAAGAAUCCAUAUUAGCCAUACAACAAAUCUUAAGGUUGUGACUUUGUUAGGAAAAGAAGACAAGGAAGAAAUUGUUCAAAUGUUCAAAAAUUGUGUUUGCUAUGGGAUUGCUAUAGAUACAACACACAAAAAUGGUUCUGAAAUUAUUGGUCUUAUCUGUAGAUUUAGUUUUGACAAUUUUGUUGUUGCUCAAAAGAAGCUUGUUUUAGGUGAACUAUUCGAAAGAACAACAGCAGCAAAUAUCACUAAAUGGGUACUGGACGCACUAAACCUUUUUGAUGCUCCACUUGUAAAGUGUGUGUUUUGUACAAGUGAUGGAUGUACUCAAAUGGUGGGUUGGAAAGGAGGGGUUUCUACACUUAUUGGUAUUGCGAAACGGAAUCUUAUAAAAGAACACAUUGAAAAUGGUAUCAAAGAAAUGGCGAGUGAAUUAACGCUUAAAACUUAUAUGUCACAUUACUGUUUUUGCCAUCGAUUAAACGUGGCUGAGGUAUUUCUUUGGAAUACAGCAGAUGGAAGAGUUCUUUUGGCAAUUCUCAAAGUGAUAUGUAGCGAUGUUACAAUAACUCAAUGGAACGCGUUUUGGGGAAGCAAAGACGAUUACAUUGAACAUGUACAUAUACCCACCAUGAGUAACACAAGAUGGUGUUAUCACGAGUUAAUAGUUGAUAAAUUGAUCAACAACUUUAAAGACUUCGAUUUGUUUUUUAGAGAACUUGACAUUUAUAAGAAAAUUAAUACCAUUCUUAUUGACCAAUACAAGGCAGGACUUCCAAAGUGCAACAACGUAGAAUUGGAAAAGGCAAAAAGUGAUAUUAAUUAUUUCGUGUUUUUGGGGAGACGUAUUAAUUAUUUUGACGUAAAAGAUACAAUGUUCCUUGCUUUCGCCGGAUUUUAUUAUGAUAUUUUGAAUAUUACAAAAGUUUGUUGUGAUAAAAUGCAAGAAAAGUUUGGAUUAAUAAACGAAGAGUAUUUGCGUGUCACUGAGUUAAUCAACAAUUUGAAUGUAAAAAUGUCUGAUGCUUCGAAUGGAUGUUUUGACUCUUUCUAUUCAGUAAAUCGUUUUUUGCCGUUUAAAGCUCCAAUUGUUUUUUCAUCGUCGUGUAAAAAUAUUAUUUCAGAGUUUAUUAAUGCUUUGAACAUCAGGUUUUGUAAUUCUACGUGUGUAAAAUUUAAAGCAGAUUCAAAGAAACUUUCCUCUGUUAAAACAGAACUUGGGGUUUAUCAAAAUUUGGAUAUAUAUUUGGACUGUUUCAAUUUCCCUGAAAAAUAUAUUCGCGAAGACACCAUGUUUGUAAAUAACACUUUAGACUAUUUGGAAAUAGAACUCACAAAUUUAAAAACACUUAUUGAUGCAAACAUAGAAGACGUGAAAAAGUUUAUUGAUACUAACUCAAAAAACAAAAUAUGUAAAUUCAGCCUUCUGGAUGCACUACAAUUAUUUGGUCAUGAAAACUUUCUUAGAUGUUCAGAACUUAUUUUUCUUGUAGUUAGCCUUAUUCCUACAUCUUCGUGUGUGGAAUCUUUGUUUUCUUUUUAUCGCUAUGCUAACAAAAUAAACAUGAAAGUAAAAACUGCAGAUAUUCGUUUGUCUGCAAAAUUUAUUAAAAUGACGCAAAGUAGGCUUUCUCUUAUGUAA